CUACGUUUCCAAGCUGCGUGUAAACAGUACGUGCCCCAGCGUGACAUUGAUUUGUACGUGAUGGAUGUUGCGUACUCGUAUAUCCACCCAUCAAGAGUUGAGAAAGAUUUUGUUGAAGAUUACCAGAGUGUCAGCAGAGAUGACAAAAGAUGUAUGUUUGGUUGAGAAUAAUGAGAACAUGAAGAAAGAUGCAUUUGUACUUGAUGACAGUAAGUACAUAAAAGAAGACUUACCUGUGCUUGAUGACAAUGCGUACAGACAGCAGCAGCACCCCUGCAAGUGGCAGCAUUUUGACAAGCUCCAGUGCUGCACAUCAGGGGGAACCAUCCCAUGCCUCUCGCCUCCAGCGUGUAUCAUCUUCCUCCUAUUUUGACAUUGCCAACACCAUCUUGGGCAGUUCUGGUGAUUUGGAUGAAGUACUACUUUGCGCUGCAAGGGAUGGAGACUUGAACAAACUGGAGCAGUUGCUUUGUCAGCGAAAUGACAUCAUUGUGGACGUUGACUGUAAAGACAGGCGGACUGGCAACACAGCCCUCAUAUUGGCAGCCAAGAAAGGAUAUGCUAAGAUGAUACAGCUCUUGCUGAGACACGGUGCAGACCCCACUCUUCACAACUAUGAGGCGCAGACGGCCCUGGAAGUGGCUACGAGUGCCACAAAAACCAUCCUUCUGGACUGGGUCAACCGGUCAACAGAAUGCACUCACAGGCUGUUGCUUCAGGCUGCAUGGCAGGGCAAUUUGGAGGUCAUCAGGCGUCUGCUGGUAGUAAACAAGUCCUUGGACAUAAACUGCCAGAAUGCAGAAGGGCUGACCCCCUUACUGCUUGUGGCCAAGGAUGUUCAACUAUUUGAACGCCUGGGAGUGCAGCUAAAUCGGCGGUACAAUCCAGUGGAGGUGGCAGAGUUGUUAAUAAAGGCCCGUGCAAAUAUACAUGCGCUGGAUAACGAUGGGAAGACAUGCCUCCAUCACGCAGCUCAGUCGCGUGCAGGAGCUGCAGAGAAACUGGUCCAUGCUUUCAUCACCUGUGGCUCAGAUGUUGAUCAACUUGAUAAACGUCAGUAUGCUGCCAUUCACUGGGCUUCACACUUUGGCAAUGUUAAUGUUGCGUUGGCGUUACUUGACGGUGGCUCAGAGGUUAAUUGCCGAGGUUUUGCAGGUCUCACACCUCUUCAUAUAUCAGCACACAAUGACCAUCAGCUUACAGCAGUCACUCUGCUGCAGCAUGGUGCUGACAUUACGUUGACUGAUGACAGGGGGAUGACAGCUGUGGACCUGGCAAAAACACGCAAGAUGAAGACCACCCUUAGAGAAGCAUGGGCAGAGGCCACGCAAAAGUGCAAGCCAGCAGAACUUGGUCCAGUGCGAGUGACAAGUCGAGAAGAGUCUAAGUUAUACAUGCAUGAGGAAAAUCAUAAGGCACGAAAAGGAGAAGUUGUUUUUGAGGGUAUGGUGGCCAACUCUAACCCAGCUCAAAGAACAGGACAAUUACCAUGCAGACGAGCUGAGCAGCAAACACUUCAAGACAUUGAGAAUGGAAAAUAUACACCAACUCCAGUGUACAGUCGAGAGAGCACGCGGCCACUUGGCACAGUGCGAACCAAGAUGCCUUCUAUCCUGCCACAGAUUUCAAAGCAAUCCCCAUCACCAGCAGGCUGCCAGUCCCCAGAGUCACCUCCUGCAGGAAGCAGGAAUGCAGCUGAGGAUUUACGAAGGUCACUUGAAGAUGGGAGAAAUAUGCUGGACAAAGGUCACAGAGCAGAAGAGCACAAGAGACAACUUCAGUGCCAUCGACAUGAACAUGAGGCCUGUCUCACACAGACGAACGGGUCUGAUCCAGUUUCCACCACCAGCAUUGGUGAUCUGGCAGUUUCUGCCGACAAUAUCAUCAGCAGACGAGGGCGCUCAGUGUCGACUGGUGAUGGGGAGAGCUGUGAAAUGGGAGGAACAAGCACUGAGCGUAUGUCCCAGUUACGUACACCACUUGAUCGGGACACCACAAUGUGCGUCAACAUUCCACCAAUGAUCCCUGAAGGAAACAGUCCCAGAAAUCCCACAAAUGUGCUGUCUUAUGAGAGAAAUGUCACUAACUCCCAAGGUUCCACAAUGCCAGUCCAGAUAAUUCCAUUGCCUCCUAACUCGUCUAGGAUACUGCCUCCCACACCCACCUUCUUGACACAGGGAUCAUUCAUUGCUGUAGAGGGGGCCCUGGCUAAGGCCAUGAAAGAUGAUGACUCAUUGUCUUCCAAGGAGCCAUCUCCAAGAUCUGAUGAUGAUGAUGACAACAAAAUUCGGAUGGUUUUGGCCAACCCCAUGGAGCUAUUUCGUUCACGCUCUCUGCUUAAGGAAGAAUUCAUUUUGGCUGAAAGCCGACCUUCUGACAUUGUUGUAGGGUCCUCUGGAAGUGACCCUGCGUCAAGCUGCAGCAGUCUUUCCUCAUCUUCCCUGUCUCCUCGAGACCUUGGUUUUUCUGGCCACAUGUCCCAUCGAGCCAGCGACCCAUCUCUUGUCGAAAUGUUGCUGCAGAGACUGGGGCACAAAUCGAAUGUAGCAAACACUGUUGUUAAGAGUAUGCAAAACAGCAGUACCGCUCAAGGAGCCCCAUUCUCUGGCAAAGGCCAGCUGGUUAUUAUGCGAGACUCUUUUCAAAAUGUGAGUUCUAUGUCUUCAACAUCUGAAACAGUUUGCUUGCAGAAGCAAAUAAAAAAUCUGGAUAAGAAACUUGAAGAUGACACUGCUGAUUCAUCCCAGAUUGUCUUGGGAUCUGGUGUUGGGUCAGUGGAGGCUGGUGCUGCUGUCAGAGAGAGAAAGGAUGUGACUGUCAAACCUUCAUCUGGUGAUGUUGUAUCCUUAAUACAAAAUGUACCUGGUCCCUGUGUUUCUGAAACUUAUCCUAAGAACAGUGAAAGAAAAGAAACUGGUGGUUCUAAAGUUUGUGACACAUCAAAACCCAGUGUUGGUUCAAAAACCAAUGACUAUUCUAAACCGGGUGUAUUUUCAAGAUCUGGUAUUUCAUCAUCAUACUCAUCUUUGACUCCAUCGAGUGCUGUUUCAAAGAGUAUGAAGCAUUUUAACAAAGAUGUGAGUAAGAAAGUUAGCAACAAGAUUAAGGAAACUGCUUCAACCAGUACAUCACCCAAAACCUGUUCAGAUACCAUAAAGUCUGCCAGCAAGAGCAGCAACAUUGUUUCUUCUGUCUCUCAUUCAUCAGUGCCCAGGCCAGUUUCUUCUGCAAUAUUGCUUUCAUCCUUUGAAUCUACCUCAGAAUCAAACAUAGCAUCAUCUUUACAGACAAAAUCACCCUCAUCAGAAAAUCUAUCCUCACAUAUGCCUGCUCCCUCAGCUGAAAAGAAACCUGCUGAAGUGACUGCAAGAUGUAAAACAUCUGAAAGCACGCAGAAAAAAGAUGGUGUUACAGCAGGAGGUGCAAAGUACUGUUCUGCAAACACCCGUGCAACAUUAGCAAGAGGUUUAGAGGGUAAUUCAAGGAGCCCAGCUUCUUCCGAGUGCAAGAAUGCCAAGAUACCUCCCACUAAUUUGUGUCAAACCAGUUGUCCUGAACCUAGCCAGAAAGUUUCAUCAGAUUUGGCAUCUUCAAAGGCUUCAUCAUUGGCUACAUCAUCAUCAGCCUGUGUAACAGCUCUAACUGAAAAAAACACGAACAAAGUAGAAAGGGAUGUCAUGAAGGGAAGCUCUUUAGGGCCCUCAAGUGCAAAAAGCAAAAAUAUUACAAAAAAUUCACAAGGUAGUAUGUGUACAGAACCUGGAAGCAGGAGAACUGUUACCCCAAGCAGUUCACAGGGAACUAUCUUGAUGAAAGAUACUCAGAUGUCAUCAGAAAUCACUUCUGGAAGAAAGACAAGUGCCAGUCAAGGAGAACCAAGUUCCAGACAGGCUAACCUUGCAAAAGCUGCAUCAGCUGAUCCGCCUGCUCACAAGACCACCAAUACUGCUGACGGUGCAAUAUGCAGACCACAAGCAUCCCUAGUAAAUUCAGACUACUCCCAUGGCACACAAUCCAAGAUGGCACCUACAAAAAAAUCAGAACAUUCUUUUCUGUCCAAGGCAGUGCCUGAAGAUAAGAUCUCCAAGAACCAGGCUGAAGUGCAGAAAGAUGAUAAAAAUGAGCAUGAUAUUGAACCUCUAGUGAAGAUCACUUUUGGAAAGAUUGACUCCAGGGCUGCUGCUGCUCUCAGAUGUCCCAGUGACCCUGCAGUUUUCAAGAGCACACCUGUCAUCGUUAACCCCUUUGAGCACCUGCCAGUGUGCCAGUCUGUCAAAGAUAAUUGUCCAAGGCAUGUAACUAUGGCCGAAAAACCAAGCAAAGAUGCUGGCCUUUGUAAAGGAAAAAAGGGAAAACCAUCCAGAAGCACCAAGAGAGGAAGAGAGAAGAGACCUGUGUCUGGUUCCUCUCGCCAAGCUUCUGCAGGUCGACGAGGAAGAAAGAGCAGAGAAGGAAAAGCAAGCGAAGGUGUAGAGUCUCGUCCUCGCAGUGGAAAGACCAUAGGAAGAGCUCGAUCAGGAAAGAGAAGAACCAAAAAGCAGGCAGACAAACAGGAAGACACAGAAGACAAUUUGGCAGAAGUAGCUACCAAGGGUGAUGUAGCAUUGAUAUCUGGCAUUGGGUGGCACCUGGCAACUCCUUGUGUAGACACCUCUGACAUACAUGCAGCUUCUAGCAUCCAUUACAGCUCAUCUGAUUUCGAGGAUUCUGACGACACAGAAUCAGUUGCAGAUGAUGACAAAGUGUGUGAAUACCUUGAUGUCAGGCAGGGACAGGUGUCCACAUCACCACGCUUUAGAGAAGUAAAGGGUGAAGGAGGUAAAGCAGAUGUGACCAUACCUGUCAUGCUCAACGACGGAUUUCCACCCAUGAAUUUAGACAUGACUCUGAUGAACAGCAAUGCCAGGCCACAGAACAAUGGUGUCAGGUCCACAAGCAGUGAUGCUGAAGAUAAUGGUGCUAAAGUCAGUGCAGUGUUGAAUGAUGAACUCGCUGAUUUAGAGCAUAUAAGAGACAUCACCACAAAAGAUAUGUUACUGGGAAAACUCACGCCUAUUCCAGAAAUUCCCUCAUUGUCUGGAGUGUGUGAAGCAAUUGCUAGGUUUGAUCAUUGUCUGAAAGAAGGACAGCUUAGUCAGUUGCUGGAAGGAGCAGUGCAGGAAAAGAAAGACUCUGCUUUACCCUACACUAAGGGUGGAAAUGACAGUUCUAGUUGUGGGCCUGAGAUGGAUUUACAGACAAGAAAAUUGAACAAUUCUGGUUUGAAUUUACUAGAAUCAGCAUCUACCAUGGAUGUGUGUGCAAAACAAAAUUUUGAGAGAGAUCCAGAAAACACUCAUAUAAUUUUUAAUGAGGACAGCACAGAAAACAAGGUAAAGAAAGAACGCAAGUUUUCAGAGUCAAAAAAAGAUGAGGAAGAAAUAAACAUCGCCAUAGAUGAGAUUCUCAGUGCCACAAGUACCUCAAUGUCUUCUACUCUAAAGUCAACUUCUACCUUGAGGUCUGGAGCUGUCACUUUCACUGAAGGAGACCAUCGUCUGCUUGCCAAGCUGAAGUCACAAAACAAAGACUCACCUUUCUAUGCUCAUCGAGAAAAUUCUCCAGAGGAUGAACCCAAGACACCUGGUGGAGGUAUUGAAGAAGAAGAAAGACUUAUCUCACAUCAUGCUCUUAAACAAAGAAAUGCUCGAAGCAGAGGGAAAUUUCAAGAGCUUAAGAAGGCAUCUGCAGGCAACACCCAGGAACUGGCUGGCCAAAAGACAAAGGCCAAAGGCAUCGAGGAUCCAAAUGUAGCUAUCGGUGCCCAGGGUGGCUAUGAGGAUGUGGUGGAAGCUCUUGCAGGAGACAUUACUCACAAUGCUCUAGUGAACACGGCUGUUUCUGAGACAAUGUGCAGUCGCCUAAGUGGUCGACGUGGAAGCAGAAGCAGUAGUGCCUCCACAACAGAUAGCACAGAGGAGACAAUUCAGUGGAAAAAAGGCAAUGUUCUGGGCAAAGGAGCUUUUGGCACAGUCUGGUGUGGACUGACCAAUGAAGGAGAGCUGAUUGCUGUAAAGCAGAUUGAGUUGACAACAACAGACCGAUGCAAAGCUGAAUUUGAGUAUGAAAAGGUGCAGGAGGAGGUGGAGCUACUGAAGACUCUCAGCCACACCAAUAUUGUUGGGUACCUCGGCACAAGUUUUGAGGACAACAUUGUGAGCAUCUUUAUGCAGUUUGUUCCUGGAGGCUCUAUAGCCAGCAUCUUGGCUAGGUUUGGUGCCUUAGAUGAAGCUGUGUUUCGUAGGUACACACGACAGAUACUGCAGGGUGUCGAGUAUCUUCAUAGCAAUGAUGUCAUCCACAGGGACAUCAAGGGAGGCAAUGUCAUGCUCAUGCCCAAUGGUGUCAUCAAGCUCAUUGACUUUGGCUGUGCAAAACGUCUGUGCAUCAAUCUAAGUCUUUCUCAGACCCAGAUCCUUCGAUCGAUGAAGGGAACACCAUACUGGAUGGCACCUGAAGUGGUUAAUGAAUCUGGACAUGGGAAGAAGUCUGAUAUAUGGAGCAUUGGAUGCACUGUUUUUGAAAUGGCCACCAGGAAACCACCUUGGGCUGAAAUGAAUCCUAUGGCUGCCAUCUUUGCCAUUGGCUCAGAUAAACCAGUGCCAAAACUUCCAAAUAGGUUCUCACUCGAAGCCAUCAGUUUUACUGAACGAUGUCUCACCAGGGAUCAAACCCAACGACCUUCAGCUUCUGAACUGUUGACUGAUUCCUUCAUGCUGGAAAGAAUACCCAAGAAAUAAAAAAAAAAGAGACGAUUCUUAGACUUCCUGCAUCAUAAUAUUUAUGAUCUAAAGUCAGCAGUAAAUCUUUGUAACUGAUAUUAAUCAUUAGUGUAGCAUGCUUAAAAUUAAAAUCGUAGAACAUCUUGGUCUUAACAAAAAUUAAGCCGUUUGAUAUACUUGGCCAGAAUAGUUUCUUAGAAAGAUACUUUGUGACUUGGUAAGAUACUUUGAUACUUUUUGACCAUCAGUGAAGGAAAGUGCAGUGCUUUUGUUCACAGGACUGGGUGGUGCGUUGUCUGCAGGACUGUUAUAGAAUGUGCAGCAAUUUGCAUAGGUUUGCAGGGCUUCUGCUUACGCAAAAAACUGCGUACAGUACGCAUUAAAAGUUCGGAGGUCCCCUUCAAAUUUGGGCGAAGAACAGGGACCCCUUAAAAAUCUGAAGAAGGGGUCCCUGGGACCCCAAAGAAUUUAGCCUUAGCAGAAGCCCUGGUUUGAAAUGUACAGUAAUCUACAGAACAGUUACAGAAAAUGUCAGAACUGUUGCAGACUAUGUUGUUAUUAGCAUGGCUGUUGAAAAAUACACAGCGGAAAAUCUGCACGACAGUUGUGGAACACCCCGUACAUCCGCAUGACUGUGAUGGAGUCUGCACAUUUGUACGCUUUUGUGCAUGAAGCAAAAAUCAGGCAUGGACUGUACCAUUAAUCUGCUCUAAUCACUUCUGUGCAGGGCAUUCCUGGAAAGUUAGAUGAUGUUGAAUAAGAGUUUUAUGUUCAUUACAGUGUUGUUUCUUGUGAUUGUUUUCUCUUAACUAGUGCUGGUUAAUAUUUGUGAACCGAGAUGGAUGCAUGUCUGAUUUUGCUGUUUCUGUGUUGGCAUACUUCACAUCUGAUUGUAAUGCCCCCUAUUUUCUAAUUUUACAGAGUUCUCAUCUUGGAUGCUUAAACAAUUGUAUUUAAGACUCAAGUCUUCCACAUUCCUAUGCUGUAAAAAUAACAUCACGUUUCUUUUUCAAAAUGUUAGUAACAAUAUGCUGCAAUGCAGUCUGUAAUUUGCAGGUACAGUCGGUUCACUAACCCAUGUCUGGAAGCCUGAAUUGAAAGGAUUCAGUGUAAUGCAAUAUGUCCAUUUUAUAGUUUGUUAAGUGAACCAGGUAAAUUUGUUAUGCACAAUUGUUUCUUUCAAUGUUUACAGAUCUGAGGUACAAAUGCUUUCUCCAUUUUUCUAUGUGAUGGCUGGUAUAGGUCUUAAUUUACAAACCUUGAUUUUAUGCAACAUUUCUUGAUUGAAUAAUGGUACAACUGCUGAAUAUUAAUCUGAAUUUAAGUCUAUGCUUCAACAUUUUACUGCUGAUAAUCAUUGAAGAAAUCUAUUUGUAUUAGUAUAGGUAUGUUUGUGUGUAUAUAUAAGUAUAUAUUAGUGCAUGUAUAGAUUUUCAGCAAUAUUUUUAGCUGGCCAUUGCAGGUAUUUGUUACAAGCUGUUCAUCCAUGGAGCUGUGACUCCACAUGGUGUAGAUAUUUCAGACAAUACAACUGCAUGAUGUUCAAAUGUUA